GGGGUAUGUACCAAAAUGAAAAUCAGACCAUAUUAAAAUGCAAAGAUGAAAAUACCUUUGGUUUUCUUUACAAUGUUUCUAUAAAGAAAAACACAUUUUUUUUGUUUUCUUGGAAACUGCUUUUUUGCAAAGAAGAGACUAGCUGUAAUUUUCUUAAGACAUGGCUACAUUUUCAGUCUGUCUUGGAUUCAUAUAUUGCACAUUUUUCCACAUAGUUUUCGGAGACAUAAAAUGCAAUCAGGCUGUCAGCAUAAAUGGAAAUGGAACAGUAAUAUACCCAACAAAUCCCGUGGUUGGCAGCGUCCUCAAGUACAUUUGCCCACAUGGAUUCUGGCCCUAUCCAGUCAGCUGGAGGGUUUGCUUAAAGGAUGGACAGUGGUCUCCACUUCAGAAUUCCUUUUUUGAAAAGGCAGUGACUGCCGUGUGCAGGCCUUACACCUGUAUUGGGUACAUCACCCUGGAGAAUGGCAUGGUCUAUCCACGGAAGCUAAGAUACAGAGUUGGGAACACAGUACACUUUGAGUGCGAUGAUGGUUACAAGUUGUUUGGCUCCCCAAAUAGGACCUGUCAACCCAACGGUGAAUGGAGUGGGAGCAUUACGAUUUGUGAUGAUGCUGAGAGCUUCUGCCCAAAUCCUGGCAUUCCCCUGGGAGGCCAGCGGACUGGGAGAACAUUUCGGCAGUGGAACACUGUGCGAUACACUUGUGCUGCAGAAUUCAUUCUGAGAGGUUCACACAUGCGCCACUGCAUGAGCAAUGGCAGGUGGUCAGGGCAGGAGCCCAGGUGCGAAGCCAAGUAUUCUUCUGAUGACCCUCUGCUUAUCGCCCAGAAACUACGUUUCUCAGAAGAGAUUAUAUCUUACAUCCAAGAAGGAAUCCAUAUUUACUUCGUCCUGGAUGCCUCUGGAAGUGUUGGUCAGGAAAAUUUUGAGAAGACUAAGGAUUUCAUCUUCAAAUUGAUCAUAAUGAACUCAGCUGUACUUAAUACAGUGAAAUAUGGCAUUGUGGUAUAUGCUUCCAAUCCUCUGGUGGUGACAGACCUGAAAGAGAAGGAUGAGGCAAUUGAAUCCCUGGACAAUACCGAAUAUACACAAUUCUUCAAUCAGUCUGGGACCAAUACUGGAGCAGCCCUUCAGAAGAUUCUGGAGUCUGUUGUGAAGAAUGGCCAUAAUAGAUCCAAACAGAUUAUCCUUCUUAUUACUGAUGGGAAAUACAACAUGGGACCAAACCCAUAUACAGUGGUGAAGAACAUUGAAAAAGCAGUUCAAGACUAUGAGGAAAUGCUGGAUAUCUUCACCAUAGGAAUUGGUGAUGCAGAUAAAGAAGACAUGGAGAAAUUAUCUUCAAAGAAGGAAGAACAGCGGUCUUUCUACUUGGCUAGCUAUGACCUUCUAGAAAACAUAACAAAUCUAAUGGAAGAAAACACUAACAAAGAUGCCUGUGGUAUUCGGGGACCACCAACCGUGUCUGAUAAUAUGGUAGGUGGUCGUGUCUUCAAAGGCACAAAAUCAAAGCCAAAACAGUGGCCAUGGCAAGUGCUUCUGUUCAUGAAACAGGGUACAGACUGGAUAGGAGGAGGAUCACUUAUAUCCAAGAGGUGGGUGGUAACUGCAGCCCAUAACGUAUAUGGAGGUUAUGAAGUGCUUCAUCCUGAUAAUGUAAAUGUUUUUAUUGGAACCAUCAAACGUUUUAAGAAUCAUUCAACUGAUGUACCCAGUCAUCCAGUUGAAAAUAUCAUUGUACAUGAAAUGUACAAGCCAGAAUCUGAGCAUUACAAUUAUGACAUCGCCUUACUCAAGCUGAAAAAUGAGGUGGAAUUUAAUGAAAAAGUAAGGCCUAUCUGUCUUCCCUGCUCCACAGAGGUAACCACCUUCCUUAGUCUACCACAAGGGACAUGGAAUGAAACAUGUGAUUAUCAAGAUCAAAUACUUACUGGAAAUGGAGGUCAGGAUGGGAAACAAAUUAAAGGAUUUAUUGCAGGAUGGGGACUGACGAAGGUCAAAAGAACAAGAAUAGACCGUAUCAGAGAACCUGAAAACUUAAUUCAUGCAGUUGUGGAAAUUCAGGAUCGUUCUGACUGUGAUUAUCUCGAUCAUAAGUUUUGUGCCACAGGAAAUGGAACAGAUGCCUGCCAAGGGGACUCUGGAGGACCGUUCAUGGUGAGGAUACACGACAGAUGGAUUCAGGUUGGACUUAUAAGCCAUGCGAAGGCACAAACCAAAUGUGCUGGCACCACCUCAGGUGUUUAUAUCAGCAUUACAAAAAUGAUGUCCUGGAUCAAAAGCAAAAUCUCAGACAUAUAGCAUAUCAAAAGAAUACAUUUGCAUUAAUGCUGGACUGGCUCAUGCCCGAUUUUCUAGAAAUCAAAAUGAUUCAAGAGGAUAAAUAUUCGAUGAACAUAUUUUUCUAUUAAACAUUGUGACAUUUUUUUUUCAAGGAACUAACUUUUAGUUUAAGUGUGAGACCUCAUCUGAUUUAUUAAAUUCUUGAUUACUUUCUGAUUUUUACCAAAGUUUUGAAUAAUAAAUGCUGGCAAUCUUUA